AUGGAAGGUGGCUCAAAAGAAGAACUUGACAAAAUUCCUAUAUUCAGAUAUAAGGCACACACCGUCGAACAAUCACCAGAACAAGAGCAACAGGGAUGUACAGUGCCUACCCCAGUAGAAGGUGAAACUACAAAAAGAUCUAAAUCUAAUUUCAUAAGGAGAUGGAUGAAGCGUCGUCAUGGUGUGACAGAACAAGAACAAUCCUCUCAUAUCGAGGCUUUAACAAUUCCUAGAUCGGAGGAUGCGAUCUGCUCCAUUUGUUUAUCCGAAUAUGAAAAUGAUGAUUUACUAUGUAGACUAUGGCAAGUAUAUUAUAGAUAUGUAUACAUAUAUAUGUAUAUAAUAACAAUGAUCUCCUCUAGGUGUGGUCAUAUCUACCAUAGAGAUUGUGUCAAGGAAUGGUUAAGUUUGAACGCUACAUGUCCAUUGUGUAAACGAGAUUUUCGCGGAAAAGAUUUUAACCAUGAAAAUCGAGAUGAAGAAGAAUACUAG